AUGGCUCCCGCAAAGGCAAUUUUGACGACCAAGGCCCCCGCGCCUAUCCCACAGCUGUCCCAGGCCGUUGUGUACAAUGGCAUGGUCUACUGCUCUGGCAGUCUCGGUAUCGACCCGGCCACCGGAAAGAUGAUCGAGGGAACUGUUAAGGACCGGACGAGACAGGUCUUCAAGAACCUCUCGGCCGUCCUCGAAGCGGCUGGCAGCAGCCUCAAGAACGUCGUCAAGGUGAACGUGUUCCUCACCACCAUGGACAACUUUGCUGCCAUGAACGAGGCUUAUGACGAGUUUAUUACCUCUGCGCCCAAGCCGUGCCGUACUUGCGUUGCUGUAGCCCAGCUGCCCUUCGGCAGCGAUGUUGAGAUUGAGUGCACUGCUUAUCUCAAUGCGCCAUCCGCAAAGCUCUAA